ACGUUGACGUAGCUCCGCCCCGGACGGUCCGCGUGAGCCAGACAGUGCUCGGGAGGACGUGAGAGGAGCUCGCGCGCAGCUCCAACGGUUGUGCCUUAACCCUGUGAACCGGUGGGUUGAAGAGAGUAGCCAGCUUGUGUCCGGGGCCGCCACUUCAAGAGAUCUUCAUCGUCAUCAUCGUCUUUGUUGAUUUGUGACAAAACCAAACCCAUUAUGGAGGAGCUUCAUGAUGUUCAGCUGACUGAGAUCAAACCCCUGCUGACGGGACAGAAUGGGAGAAACCUCCAGGACUUUGAUUGUCAGGAACACGAUGUGGAGACGGCCCACGGUGUGCUUCAUGUUACCAUGAGAGGCGUUGCCAAGGGCAACCGACCUACAAUCCUCACUUACCAUGACAUUGGACUCAACCAUAAAUCUUGUUUCAAUAGCCUGUUUAACUAUGAAGACAUGCUGGAAGUCACACAGCAUUUCUCAGUGCUGCACGUGGAUGCUCCAGGACAGCAGGAAAAUGCCCCCGUUUUCCCCACAGGGUAUCAGUAUCCCACCAUGGAUGAGCUGGCUGAGAUGCUGCCGUCCGUCCUGACACAGCUUCAGAUAAAGAGCGUGAUCGGUAUUGGAGUUGGGGCUGGAGCGUACAUCCUCACCAGACUGGCUCUGAAUGAGCCCAGUUUAGUAGAGGGUUUAGUUCUGAUCAACGUGGACCCGUGUGCCAAAGGGUGGGUGGACUGGGCCGCCUCCAAGUUGAGCGGCUGGACGAGCAACCUGGUGGACAUCAUCAUGGGACACCACUUCAGCACUGACGAGUUAACAGAGAACAAGGAGAUCAUCCAGACAUACCGACUCCACAUCUCUCAGGACAUCCCCCAGGAGAACCUGGCCAUGUUCUACAACAGCUAUGACAGCCGGACGGAGCUGCAGAUGGAGCGGCCUGUAGCCGGUCUCAAUGAAAACACCGUCAUCACCCUCAGGUGUCCCGCUCUGCUGGUGGUUGGGGACACAUCACCUGCAGUCGAUGUUGUGGUGGAGUGUAACUCUAGAAUGAAUCCUACCAAGACCACCUUACUUAAGAUGGCAGACUGUGGAGGACUUCCUCAGGUUGUUCAGCCUGGAAAGCUAGCAGAGGCUUUCAAGUACUUUGUGCAGGGAAUGGGCUACAUUCCUCAUCUUAGUUUAAAGCACACCAGCAGCCAAUCAGUGCCCACAGCUGGUAUGACCCGGCUGGUUCGCUCCAGGACCCACUCCGCCUCCAGCGUGGGCUCCACCGACGGCGUCCGGAGCCGAAGCGCCACCAACACAUUACCAGACGGUGCCGGCUGUGCCGCUCCCGAACGCACGGAGGUGCACACCAUUCAGAUGACCGCAUAGGAGCUCCGCCCUCCUCUGCCUUCAUCUGCGGAGCCCCACCCCGCGGAUUCAACACUUCCUGAAACAAGCCCCUCCCCCAGCCAGUUUAGGGUUUGGGAUUUUUGGUGACGACUCUGUUCUCUUUUACUCGUUACUCUUAACUAUCUGACACGGUGAUAUUUUAGCUGUAAGUUGGUUGAUAUUUAUUUGCAGUUGUGUGGUGGCUGUUCUCUCUACUUUAGUUGUGCUUUUGAAGAAUCCUUUUGUAUUUGUAACAUCUUUCUCUCUUUUGAAUGGUUUAAUAUGGAGGAAACUUUGUUCGUUUGUUAAUAUUUUAUCCAAAAUGAGUGAGCUCUGAACUCACAGAAACCCAGCAACUGAAGGAGAUGUGGACUCGACCUGCAGUGGUCUUUUUUUCCUGCUUUUUCUGAUCAGUUCGUGUUUGGUUGUUCCCGUUCCUCCUGUGCUCCUAUCCCAUCCUAUUCCAGGAUUAAACCUUCUUCUUUUUUAAUGCAUGAGAAGUUUUCCUCAUCCGACCUGCUAACGGCAUGCUGCUUGUAGUUUUGGUGUGGGAGCUGCAGCUCCAGAUCUCCAGAGGCUUCACUUUCUGACCAAAGUGAAGUGCGGUUCUCCUCAUGUUGUUGUGUUUACAGUUACUAGGAAAAGAACCCUGAAACGUUACGUUGACAGGUCGAUUCCAGCGGUUUCUUUCUCUGCAUCUUGAUAUUUGGUGUUCUGACUGCAUGUUUGGGGUCUGAGACCGUUUAACUCCUUUCCUCCAAACUUCCGGGUCUCUGAAGUCUUAGAGAAAUGUGCACAUUUUGGAAAUAGUUCAAAGAUGUUUUCAUUGUUUUGGGUUUUGUUUUUUAACUCUGUGUUUCCUAUGAGAUUUCUAACAAACUUUCAAAAGAAGUAUCGCUUUUCUAUUUCCAAGCCAGAUCUACUUGUGUUGGUUGGAGGUCAUCUGACCUCCUUAUGUUUAGAUUUUGAGAACAUGGUGCUCCCUCCAUGUCCCUCAUCAGGAGACCCACAAGGCAGUCUGAAAAUCCAUAAAAAGAAGGAACAGAAAAUCCCAGAUGAGCUCCUGUUUAGAGCCAGUGAGUGUACGGUGCAGCAGAUGGGACAAAAUUCAGCCAGUAGAGCAGUUGGUAAACUGCAGAGGGGCCAACGGAGGCGGAGUCCACCUCAUUCCAUCGUGAUUCUGCAUCUUGAACAUGUGAUGUGUCUGGAUGUUACAGCUGUUCCUUUGAUGACUUUAAGCUUUGGUAGCUGCUCUGUUCCACUGAAGUUUGUACUGUUCUGAUUUAUCGACUCUGUAAACAAGUUUGUAAUGAAAUAAAGCAGAUUACCUGGUUUGA